GUUAAUUGACUUUGGCACUUGCCAGCCAACGAAUAUAAAUAAAAAAUAAAAAAAUACAAAUGGGUGUUUUAUAAACAAUAAAGUUCAUAAAAAUUGAGAAAAAACGGUGCUAAAAUCAGUAAAAAAUUAGUAAAUAAUGGGAUGUUGCUGGAGUUUGCUAUGCAAAGAUGACAACUCUUCACAGAACGGUGAACCCAAUGAAAGGACACACUUACUAGUCGACCCCAUAUCGAAUAACAUCCAUAUACAGAGGGUUAGCAGUGAGAAUCUUCUAAGUAGAAAUUCAAAUGACGCCCCCAAAAAGACUGACGAACAAUCAGCACUUACUAGGAUACUACAAGAGACAGCUACAAAUGUCAUUGACGUGGCCGCCAUCGAUUCGCACAAUCUCCAACAGCAAGAGUACAUAGAACGAGUAAAAAUGUACAACAUCAAAAUAAAUCAGGUAUUGGCUGGCAACAAAGGCGCUCUAGCCAAUAGUUUGAAAAGUUGCUUGCUCGAGGAUGUUCCGCAACCCGAAAAAAUACUCUCUGGCGAUUUGCUGAAUCGCGAAGAUCGUCAUUUGAUGACGUCAUCACUAUUGGCAGCUGUCAGCGCGAUAAAUGACAUUCGGGUCGACCACAAGGAGGAUUUGGUCGUGCCCUUUGGACUUGGACUAAACUCCUAAAAAUAAUUGUCUUUUGGACAAAUGAUGAGGAUAAUUUAAAUUGAAAAUUGAAACUUUGUAAAUAAUCACUACUGAAAUAGCUUUAAGAUGUAAAAGAAAAAUCAAUAAUUUUGUAUUUCAUGAAUUUAUGUAAAAUCAUUAUAUUUUUUUUUUUUUUUUUAUUUUAUCUAUGCUUGUUUAUUAUUAAUGUAAAAUAAAUUUGUUUCAUUUUUUUAA